CUGACUAGAAAUGCGGCCCAACAUAUCGGUCAGACAAAAUCUGUAUUUAGAAGCUCAGUCACUCCGAUUUCCCUGUAAACGUUAGUCGUUUGUGUGCGUUUUGUGAAAAUGAAUAAAAAAGGUAAAAAUAAAAAAGGGAAGGUGCCUAAUCCUGUGCCGGUACAAGAAGAUAAAAGUGGCGAUAAACUUGAAGAUGUGGGGAAAAGUGAUAAAGUUGAAGAUGUAGCCGUUCCUCUUGGUGACAAGAAAGAAGAUAUCGGAAUAAUUGGUGAAGUCAUUCAAAAUAUAGAACAAAAAGUUGAAAGUGAUAAAGAAAAACGUGUGCCAGAAAUUGUUAGUGAAAUUAUAACACCUGCCGCAGAUGUGAAGGAUGAUGAGGCUCCUAAAAAACCUAAACGAAACAGAGGAAAGAAGAAAAAAGGUAAAGAUGAUGAUUUCGAUGAUAAUAUUGAAGAAAAAUCAAAAGAAAAUGAUAACCAAGUUCCUGCAGAGGAAACGAAAGUUGAUAUUCCAGAAGCUGAAAAUAAACCAGAAGAGUUACCAUUGAUAACUCCGACUGCUCGUAAAAAGAAAAACAAAAAGAAGAAUGCUGAUCAAAAAGGUGAAGAACUUAUUACAGGUGAAACUGACCAAGAACCAACUAAUAUUCCGUUGAAAUCGGAAGAAAAGGCACCGGAGGUGAAAGAUUCCGUACCAGAGAUAAAACAAGAGGAUUUGAAAACUGAAAUAAUAGAAGAAGUGAAACCCGCAAAAAAGAAAAACAAAAAGAAAAAACGAACUGAUUCAGAAAAAUCUGAAGAGUUUUCAUGUACUGCAGCCUUCCAAAAAAUACUUGAUGACAAAGAUGAGCCUGAAGUCAAAAUGGAUGAAAAAGUUGAAGAUUCUAACAUUCUGUCGGAAAAAAUAACAGGUGAAUUUGAAAAUAUUGAAAUCAAAACUGAAAAGACUGAAAAAACUAUACCAAAACCACCUCCACAAGAAAAAGCAGCAACCCCAAUAAAGGAAUUGGAACCAAUACAAGAACCGCCGGCAGCUGAAAGUAAAUCCAAAAAGAAAAACAAGAAAGAUAAAAAGCAACCUAAAAUAGAAGAAAUUCCUAAGCAAGAUGAAAUAAAAACAGAUCAAUCUGAAACGUUAGUAAAUAUCGGGACUCCAACAUCCAGCGCUAUUCCACUCGGACCAGUUGAAGGCGGGCCAGUAGAUAUACCUAAAGAGACUGCAGUUGUAGAAUCACCUGAACCUAUAGUUGGUGAUUUAAGUCCAAAACCAAAAGCAAAAAUAGCUAAACCUGUAGAAAAGAAACGCAAAGGAAAGCAAGAAAGUCAAACUCCUGAACCGCCACAGGAUAUUAGUAUAUUGGAAGCUUCAAAAGAUACGGAAAGUUCUGUUCCAGCUCCGUUAGAAUUACUCGAAUCAAAACCCGUAGAGACAGAAAAUACUAGCAAAGUUGAGAUUCCUACUCAACUUGAAUUAACCAGUGAUAGUACUUUAACAGCACCUGAUGAAGAUGAAAAACUUAUAGCACAAGAGUUUGAGCUGCUCGCUGAAAAAGCGAUGGGUAAGAAACGAAAGAAGGGAGCAAAAAUGCCAAAAUCACUUGACAUAGCUGCUGGAGUUCAGGAACUAAAAAUAGAAUCUGAUAUUAAACCAGCUGAUGUAAAAGAUACAACAAAAGAGCAAUUGGCAGUUAUAACAGAAAUUCUUACCCCACAAACUGAUCAACAGGAAUUCAUAAUAAUGAGUCAAAAGUCUGAUAUGCCCAUAACAGUUGACAAUGUAAAAGAAACAGUACAAGAAGCACCUAAACCAAUUGAACCACCUGAAUCCAAAGGCAAGGAAUUAUUUAUGCCUGACUUCAAAGGUAAAGAACUACUAAUGCCUGAAUUCAAAGGUAAAGAACUAUUGACGCCUGAAAAAGUCGAUGAAGAACUUGAAUUUACCAAAACUGAGGGAGCGGCAUCACAGACUGAAGAUAAACAAAAGACUGAUAAUAAAUCCGGUAAGAAAAGAAAGAAGUCUCCUAAGCCCCCGAAAAAGAUGGAAGAAGUUCCUAAAGUUGAUGAAAGACCUGUAACUCCAACACCUGUAGCUAAAGAAACAUCAAAAGCAGAGGAUGUUACACAACAAAGUUUAUCAGAGAAAAUAGACGCUUCUAAUAUAACAAGAAUGUAUGACAUUGAAAUAAGCAGUAUUAAAGCUGAUGAAUCUGAAGGCUCUGCUUGUGAAACCGUACCAGACAUCACAUAUCCGCGCGCUUCUAGUCAGCAGUUACGUGAUGAUAACAAUAAUACUGUUAUCAGAGAAAUAUUUCCUGUUGAACCGGUAUUAGGAGAUAUACCAGUUAGACAAGAAAGGGUACAAACUCCUGUAAAACAAGAAGAAAUGAGAAUGUCACCUAAAGAUGAGAAGACGGAUAUCAAAUCGAAAAUGAUGGAGGUAAACCAAGACAUGGAAGAAUUGAGGUUAUCUAUUGAAAGAUCAUUGGCAGAACUAACAUCUAUAGAAAAGAGUGAAGAAAAUAUUGAAAAAGAAUUUGAAACGACAAGAACGAAAGCUAAGAAUGUCUCAGAUCUUUUAUUUGAUACUGGCGAAAGUGCCCCAAAAUCAACACCAAUAGUAGAAAAAGAAACAGAUAAGGUUUUGUCACCAGAAAGCAGUAUGAGCGUUCCUUUAGAAAAAAGCAAGGAAAGAAGCAAAUCACCGAUGGUUUCUAAAAAUAAACAAAAAGCAGAGGGUAAACACAAACAUAUUCCUGAAACAACAACUCCCGACCAAAGCAAAGCUACCUCUAUUCCACUGCCUUUUGUCGAAACUAUAGUAGCAGAAGCAGCAUUAAGUCCUGACAACAAAACUAUUGAAAUGCCCCCGAAGGUGCAGGAAAAGUUAAUAGGAUUUAGUCCUACUGAAAUGUUACUAGGCUUUGACAAGCCUCAUAUUGAAGAACAAAAGCUUAAGGAAAGUUCUGUACCAUCAAUACCGCAACUGCUGGUGGAGGAAAAAAAGACUGAAUCCUUAGAUAGCGAGAAAAAAGUUACUGAAGAACCCAAAGAACAAAUUACAGAAACAGCAAGUGAUGUACCACCUGUGUGUCCUGCAAGAAAAGAUAAUAAAGGAAAACACAAAAAGAAGAAAGGUAAACAAGAUUCUCAAGCGACCCCCGCUGCACAAAGUGCAACACCAGCAACAACGUCACAAACUACACAAGAAGCAAAGAAAGAAGAAAAAACUGAUUCCAAAUCUGAAAGUAAAUCUGAUUCCAAAGGUAAAAAUCAAAGUUCAGAAAAAGGUAAACAGCAAGCAAGCAACGUUGAUUCAGAAACUACAGACGAUGCAUUGCCUGACGCGGACUAUGAACCAAUCGAAAAUUUUGAAGACGCUCUGACAUCUAGCAUCGAUGACGUGAAUAAGACUUUCGAAAUGAUUGUUAAGGAAUCUCAAGAACAAAACAAUCCUAAAAUAAAUAUAAUAGCACCAGAUGAAGAAAAAUCACCAGUUUCGCCGCCAAAAAACUUGCUAGGCCAUCCCGAUAUUCCUGUACGAUCGAAUAGAAGGGAUUUCAAAAAGGAAAAAGAUAAAAUACCAAAUGAAAUCACAGCUCGGGUUAAAAUAAAAGAUUCUGUGGAAGUUGAGAGGAAACAGUCUAAAAAUACACAGACGAACAAUUCUGAGUUGAGUAAAGAUUACAAGAUGGAUGAUAAUAAUGAUUUUGUGUACAAGUAUAGUUUUAGGAAAGUGUUUCUGCAGAGUUCUUGUCACGUUUGUAAGAAGAGUCUGAGUGGUGUUCGCGUGCCGUGCAGUUACUGCAAUCUGUUGUUCUACUGUAGCAAUAAGCAUAAAGAUGAAGACUGGCCGCAGCAUCAAGCUCUGUGCUUCGCCGUGUCUACCAUUGUUCAUCUGAAGGGUAAGAGUUCAGAUCAAAAAUUCAUAUACGGAGACGCAAAGAACUUGACAGGCCACGACUACCGAUUGAUCAGGAUGCAGAUGAUAGUGUCCUGUGAGAAGGUUCUGAAGAGAAGGCUGGUACCCUGGGAGCAGGAGGCGCUGUUGUAUCCCAGGGUCUGCGCUCAUGUGCCGUGCAGAGAGUGGAGGCAAACCAAGCUUAGUGACUGCCAGGGAUGUGGGCAGAUAUCAUUCUGCACAGAAAACCCCGACCACUUUCCAAAGACCCACUCCCGCUGGUGCAAGUCCUACUCCCUUUACGAGAAGUUGGUAUGCUACCAGCAGACCAAGGGUCGACUGGAGCCGAAGAUGCCCACCAAAGUGCUGAGAGAACCUCAGAUGAUACCAGAGAAGAUAAAUGAAGUACUCGCUUCUAUGUACGAGGAGAAAAUCGAUAUAAACGAUAUCCAAUACGCAGCGUUAACUCAGUUAGCAACAGCUCCUCUCACUGCUGCCUACUGCCACCAGCUCUGCAGGUCCAAGGCUGGGUCCAUUGCCAAUGGUGUUAAUAAGAAGACCUCAUUCACCAUCCACGUGGUAGGAGCAGAGUUACAGUUCGAAGCUGAUGCCCUCAACAAAUGGGAGGUGUUCUUCUUGCACCUGAGACCUGACCUGCAGGAACUGAGAGUCGUGCUCAUCAACUAUAACCUGAACCCUUCGAAUUUGCCGCUGGAAUUGCUUGGGAAGAUUAAGUUAUGUGAGAACUGUCGUCAGAGCAAACGUCGUGUGGUGUUCAGCUUCCAAGACAAGAGGACCUACGCAGAUUACAAGUCUAGCGAUGACUUUGUCAUCCCUGAUAUUGUAUGUGCCUUCAAUCCCAGCAUCCAGCGUUCAUCAGUCUACAAUGGCAAAGACCCCUGGCCCUCUGCCAUCAACGCCAUCCUUAAACUGAAGGUUCCUUUCAUCAUCACCGGUUAUACCAUCACCGAACUCCACAAGGACUGCAUCAGGAUCAAGGAGUGCUCCGAAACUGGAUACAACUUCAUCGCAGAACCGAAGUAUAACAACUUUGCUAGCGUCAGACCUGAUAGGAACUUUAUCUCUGAUGAUGAAAUGCCUUUGUUGUUCAAAAAUUAUUGUUUUGCUAUUAUUUCUGCAUGAGUUUUUUAAUAUUGUAGUUUGGGUGUAAGAGAGUGACAAUAUUCAUGAUUGGAGGUGUCCUAAGAUUCACUUGUGUCAAUUCUUUCAAUGAAUUUCUUAGGAGCACCUGUAUAUGUAACUUUAGGUACACGACAAUAAUCUUCUAUCUCUAUCUUAAAAUUGAUGAUUCUAAUCAGUGUGAUAGGGAUAACAAGUGUUUUGUAACUUCUGUUUAUUGCUGUAGUGUUUGAUUUUGUAUUAUUAGUACUAAGUUAUUUAUGAUUGACGUGUAACUCUGUGUCAGAUGGUUUGUAACGUAAUUUUACUUAAUCAUUGUUGUGGUUUCUGUUUCUUCAGUUUGUUUCAGUUUUGUCUUCAAUAAACGUAUUUAUGUGAAUGGAAA